AUGGAGGUAGAAGAAGGUAAGAGUAAGCGUAAAAGACACCAGACGCGUGUGACCAAGUACGUGACCAUAGCUGCUGUUGUCGGUGUGGGGUUGGUGGCCUGCAUUUCUCUGUUGGUGUUCUUCCUGGUCCCAUCGGUCUCUGUCGGCGGUGACUUCCCAACUGACGGCAGUCCGUUGGAUUACUUCAACUUUGACAGACAGGAUGCCAUGCAGGUCACAUGGUCACACGGAGCCAAUAGCAAGGCUCAGCUGGCACAGGCUUUGGCAAGUGACGUACACAUGCUGGAGGCAGACAUCUUGUUACGUGGACAGGGCACACCUGCACAGACGGACAUUCCCGUUAUGGCACACCCUCCCCAGACUGACAGUGACAACACGUUCCAGGAAUGGCUGGAUGCUGCACUCGAGUCAAAAAAGGGUCUCAAGUUAGACUUCAAGAGCAUUGGAUCUGUAGCUCCUUCCCUAAGGUGAGUGGUAUUUUAUAAUUUAAACUAGUAUGUUAUAAUUAUUGACAGGUCUGGACUCAUAAACCGUCCCGUCUGGUUGAACGCAGACAUCCUACCCGGCCCCAACACUGCUAAUCCUGGAGUCAAUGCACGAGAAUUCAUAGAUACAGUCAACCAGAUCUUCCCAGCAUGCACUCUUUCCCUUGGAUGGACAACAGGCUUCCACCACGACCGGGAAAAUGAGGGUUAUACACAGCAGAUGGUGGAAGAGAUGCACUCCUACUGCAGAGACCUGACACAACCCGUGACUUUUCCCGUCAGAAACUCUCUGCUCGGUCUUCCUGGUACCAUGGAGAGCUUGACGUGGUUGUUGAGUCAAUCUGAAAGGUCAGAGUAUUGCAUCACAGUAUGGACAGGGUUAUACGACUUUCAUAGAAUAUACGACCUUGUAAAAUGUCGGAACGCCUUCUCGCACCAGCGGGUCUACUACGAUCUUCCAAAACAGCAAGAGGACGAUUUUCUUGAGGCAAUGCAACGCCAUGUGUCAAAGGUCAACCCACUGUUGUUCUUCCCGUUGGCGCGGCGAGAUGCUCUACUUCUCACGUGGUCGCACGACACCAACAGCCGGGAAAAGUUGGCAGAAGCUUUGCGACGGAGGUCAAACAUCAUUGAAGCAGACGUUAUACUAGGAGACCAGCACCAACCAAUCAUGGGGAGGCCCGCCGACACGGGUUAUGACAUCACGCUGGAAGACUGGCUGUCCACCAUCAUGGCCUCUGACCAUGACGUGGCCGUGAAGCUGACCUUUCACACUACAGAGGCUGUCAUACCGUACAUUGCUCUGCUACUAAGAGUUCCAGACUGA